AUGUAUACGGACACACAGGGAUAUAAAAAAGAUAAGAAGUUAUGCUUAUCACCAAGAUCUAGAUAUAUUAAAGUGGUCCCAAGUGGGAAUGGAAAUACUGUACAACGUAAAUUGUCAACAGUGGAGUCAUAUGUUCUAGAAAAAAAGAGACCCAGUUUUCUACAAGAAUACAAAAAUCCAUGCUGGCUCGAAACAAAACAUACGAAAACCACGUGCAGACAUGGCGCUUUCUAUCAUGUGAAAUUUAAAGAAGACCUAAAACCACCCAUCCUCCGAUGUCUGCCAUAUUUUUACAUGGUGGGUCAACCUAGAUCUGGACUUACAAAUAUAUAUGAAAGAUUGAUUAGACAUCCAGAUAUAAUUGCACCACAUAUGAAAGAUAUUUUUUGGAUACAAAGACAUAGAUUUCAACUCAGGUGUUCCUCUGUGAAUACAUAUUUGGAUUUCUUCCAUGAAAUAUCAGAGAAUAUACGGAUGAAUGCAACAAUAGAUAUAAAAACUAAUACAUCAUAUUAUAAUAAAGUGACAGGUGAUUGUAGUGGUGAUGUUAUGUGGGAUAAUACACGAUGGCAAGAUUUAUCUGGUAAUGAAAACUGUACAGAACCAUGUCUAACUAACGCUGAUUAUAUCAACCAUUUAAAUCCAUCCGCUAAAAUCAUCGUAGCUUUACGAGAUCCAAUAGACAGGGUAUAUUCAGAUUAUUUAGCUCAAUCAGUAUGGCUGAAAUAUGAUCCUGAUAAUGAGCUGUUUAAUAAACUUGUCAUAGAACAAAUAUUUCAACUAGAAAAAUGUUUAAUAAAUAACCACACUAUAAGAUAUUGUGUAUAUAAUCGAGAUAUAUACCAUUCAGAUAGUCAGGUACGAGUUGGUAUUGGUUUAUAUGCUAUUCAUCUCGAGGAUUGGUAUCGCGUGUUCCCUAAAAACCAAAUGCAUAUCAUACAAUUUGAGACAUUUAUUACAGACACUGAGAAUGAAAUGUCCAGGAUAUUUAAAUUUUUAAAUUUACAAAAUUUAGGCAGCUCAGAGAUGAAAUAUAUAAUGGAACCUGUGUUUAAGAAUGUCCGAACAAGGUUUGCGGAAGGACCUGAUAUGUGGAUUGAAACCAGAAAAAUAUUAACAAAGUUUUAUGAACCCUAUAACAUUCUAUUAUCUAAACUGUUAUAUGAUAAGAAAUAUUUAUGGAAAUCUUGACAAGAAUACAAGUAAAAGAAAGCUUAUGUCCUGUCAGGUUAUGAAUGGAUCUCCAUCGGUGAUAUUUGCGAUAAUUAUAUAUAUAUAUAUUUAUUUAUUUUCUCAAAUUCUGAUAACUUGAGCAAGAUAUUGUGUUUUGACGCAGACUCGUGAGUGUAUAGCCAGUUGUGAAAUCGUUAUUCUGUUGAAAUGGAUGCAAUCUACAAUAAAUAUAAGCAUGUGCCCAACAUCCUUUAAGUGUAACGAAAUCAGCAAGCUACGCCCAACAAGUGUAACCAACUAAGCAAGCUACACCUAACAAAUGUAACAAACUAAACGAGCAACACCUAACAAGUGUAACCGAGAUUCAUGAUCAUUGAACGCUCGAAUGGGUGUAAAUGUAAAAGUUAAAGGGUGUUUGGAUCAGGUACACCCCAACGAGUGAUAACGACGAGGAAGACUUGUCGAAAUGUUUCGAAAGUUGCCAGCGAUUGUUAUUCAUAAAGUUGUGGUUGUGGUAUUUCAGAGUAUAUACUGGUGUGAUUAGUAAUAUAGAAACAUUCCCAAAACAGUAUCAAUUUUAAACCGUAAAUGCUGGGUUGCUAAAGUGUUUGUUAACCUAAAUGUGGGUGUUCUUGAGAAAAAAAAUCCCCACAUUUGGUGUUAAUCUUAUUAGCACUUCCAGAACAUAACUUAUUAUUUUGCGUGUCCAAAGAUAUUAUUGUGUAUUAUAUUUUAAAUGGCGUAUAGCUCUAGCUCAAAACCGUUUAUUAUAUAUAUCUUACCGUAAAAAUAUGAGCUCUUGAUAUCCAACAUAUAAAACAAAAUGAACAUUUUAAAAUCAGUUCGCAUUGGGAACUGUUCCCAAUGUCAAGUUCUGUAUGUUCUCGAUCGCCAUUGUAAUGAACAAAGGAAAGCAAUCUUUAAAUAUACCCCACAAGUCAAUGCAAAGAUAAUUAAUAAUAGCUGAAAGACAAAACGGGAAGAAAAUAAAACGUGUAGAUUAGAAUAACCAGGUGCAAACGACUGUUAUUCAUUUUAGACGACUCUCCAUUAGGAUUACUGUCUAAAAGUUUUAAAAAUCGAAUGUAAUUCAGUUUAUUAUCGAAUGUAAUUCAGUUUAUUAUCGAAUAUAAUUCAGUUUAUAUACUACAUUCAUAUCACAUUAAUAUGUGAUUCUCGGUCUAUUUUCGUUUAUUUUGAGGUUCCGAAGAAUAGAGCUACACGCCCUUUAAUUAAUUAUUCUUAAAUCAGAUGUCGUGAAUACAUGAAUAAAUUCAUUCGAUAAUUAUUAAGGUGCCAAAGUGCUGAAUAUCAGUUAAAUUUGAAUCAACCUGAUGGAUAUUUAUAAAUUUAAUGUCUUGGGUGUAAUAAUAAAGAAAAGUUGUUAUUGA